GGUGCUCCCUUUGCAAGGGAGGAAGAAGAGUGGGGAUGGCAGGAGUGAGCAAGAGGUCCAAGUCCAGCGCAAGGGAGUGUUGGAUAGAUCAUAGAUUCCAAAAUGCGUCCGUAAGUGUGAAUUGAGCGGGGCACCUACUUCUACACCUCCACACUUCUACUCCACAUCCACCCCACCCACACCCACAACGACGUCAAAGCUCCAGUGGUCAGACUGAAACAUUGACCAAUGGUAGACUACCCUAGCCUUUAUACACCAACUCGGAACCCCACACUCUCUCUCUCAUACAGACAUAUAUAAAGGACCUGGGUUGAAGUCUAACCAUGGUUUACAUUCAACCCCCUCCAUCUCCACCUUAUGAGUUAUGUCUUUCUCUCCUUUUGUCUUUUCUUGUGGAACAAAGGGAAGGAGUGGGAUAUAAUAGAGAUGGAUGGAUGCCUAAAAGAAGGGGGGAAAGUUGAGAGGAUUGACUGUUGGGCUUGAAGCUCUGCUGUUGUUGAGUUAUUGAAUUAGAGGUUGAGAGAUAUGAUUCUGAUGGCGUUUCUUUUUCCUAUCUAGAUGUUGGAUUCCUUUUGAUUUGACAGAAUCGCAAAACGGAUGUAAAACACGAAAGAUCGUUAGGGUUUUUGUGUUUGGAUGAUCACCGUGUAUUGGUUUUAUAUACAGGAUAGAAAGUGAAUAGAUGGGGAAGAAGAAGAAGAGGUUCAGAAAAACAAAGCAACUUUCAGUAGCAAUAGCGGAAGCUUCAUCAACAGGAGAAGAAACGCAGCAACAGCAACAGAAACAGCAGCAGCAGCCUCAGCCUCAGCCUCAGACUGAGACUCGUAGAAAGAGAGGUAGGCCUCGCAAAGUCAUACACAAGGCAGAAGAAACAGCAGAAAAAGCAGAACACGGCAUAGAAAGUGAAUCAAAGAAAGUAAAGACAGGUGAGGAAGAAGAGGUGAAGCGGGCGGAGGAAGAAGAGGUGGUAAAGAAGGAGGAAUCAUCAACUUCUGUUGAAGAAAGGGGGCUGUUUAAAGAGGGUUCAAAGAGUAGAGCGAGGCGGAAAAGCAAGCCCAGGAAGAGUAGUUAAGCCAAUCCCUAAUAUUCUCCAUUACAUGUUUAUGUAUAUAGGCUACACAAGAACACAUGAUCGAAAGCCCUCUCUCAACCUUCUGCUCUGGGUUUUGAUCCCUUUGCCGCUCACAUGCUUUUGUCGUUCCAUCGUCCUCGAUGAGGAGUGCAAAAAGAGAAAGUGGGCUUAAAGCCCACUCAAGCUUAAUCGUUUGUUUCGUCCUGGGGAAUUAUUUUAUGUGAAACAAAAGAAUGGCGAAGGAGGAGGAAGUCGAUACAAACUCGGGAAGUGUAUGUAUGUUUGCUUACAUGGGUGAUGUGUCUCGUUGUUUCAUAGUAAAAUACUAAAAUGCUCUACAUGCAUCUUUUCUUGUGCUCAUGGUUGUUGUAUACUAUGAUUUUGGGACUAUUGGAAGAGGAUUUAUGAUAAUCAAACAACACAUUUUGCCUUUUUCUUAAA